UUUGAAAAGCUGCGAAGGAUAAAAAAUGUAUGAAUGAACAAUAAAACUCUCGCUUGAGUGAUCUUUAGUACAAAAACACAAUGAAUAGUGAGGCUAGUUUUUGUGGCGGUUUUUUAAAUCCAAUUAUUGCCACGCAGAGCGUAUAACAAACGUAUAAAAUCUACAUGACUUUUAUGCGACCUUUUUUCUACUGAUUACCUCCCGUGCGUUUACGCUAGCGUCGGUUUGUUGUUUUAAAUUUGGACGCCACGCUUAGGCCCCGACUAAAAUACUAAAACUAUUAUUAAUUACAAACGCAACGGUAAGGAUGGCUCCUCGUAAACGAAAAGUGGUGGUUCCGGCAACGGGACAGUCGCCGGAAAAGAUAAAAUAUUCGACUGCAGUCAUACAAACCAUGCUGAAAGCGCAGCCUAAUCAAACGGUGCACGCCAAGCUGAUCCGGGAACUUAAGGGGCUUUACGCAACGGUCGCGCACGAUUCCUUCAUGAAAUCAUUCCUGCAAGUGAUCAAACGGCAGAUGGAACAUGAAGAAACGAACGAGUACGCAAAUAAUGUGUUCAUGUUCUGCGCCACGUUUGUGGCCGAUCCGGAAUACAGCGAACAGUCGGAAACGCAUCCGGUUAUGUCGUCCUUAUUUGAUUGGUUACUUAGUACGAUCAGUUACGCACCGCUUGUCCGCUUCCGGAUUUGCCAGCUGGUGAAUCUGGUGCUGAAUGCGCUCGGCUCCGAUGCCACUCUGGAUGAUUCGAUCUGCGACAAGAUUCUGCGCUACAUGCUCGAGCGGAUGCGUGAUGUAUCGCAACACGUACGGGUGCAGGCGGUUCUUGCGCUCCAGCGUCUGCAAGACCCCACCAAUCCCGAAGACGCCGUUUGCCGUGCGUACAUCUAUCACCUGGACAAGGAUCCAUCGCCGAAGGUGCGCCAGACAAUCAUCUCCUCGCUGGGACCCAAUUACCGCUCGCUUCCCCACAUUAUCGACCGGCUGUGGGACGUGGAUGAGCGUGUACGCCGGCACACGUACAUGCAGAUGAGCAGCUUCCCUGUGCGUCAGUACAAAGUAGCACAGCGUCUCAAGUUCCUCGAGCAGGGACUGACCGAUCAUGCCGAGAGCGUGAAAAAGGUGGUGCGCAACGUGAUGAUCCCGCAGUGGUUUGAAUCGUACCAACAAGACCAUAUUGUCUUCAUCGAGGCACUGAAGCUAGAUGCCGAUGAAAAGGAGAUCGAACGGUUUCGUAACACCGCCAAGAUGACUCUGUUGGAGAUUUUCAAGAAAAGUGGAGUUAAGGAGAUGGGAGCGUUGCUGAAGUUCAGCGAAGAGAGCAAGGUCGUUCCGUUGGCAGAUCUGACGAUCGAGCGCGCUAUUUGCUGGCAGGCACUGCUCGAGCAUCAACAGACGACGGAUACGGGCGAAGAGGAGGAUUAUAUGAUGGAGCUUAGCAAGUUAUGCGAGUAUUUGAAGCAGUUUAUCGAGAACACGGGUAAUGCGGCGUUCAUGAUGUCGACCGAUGGCAAUCGCACGAAGUCUGCCCUUGCGACAUCGACGUCUUCCUCACCGCACACGAUGGACAAGCUGCAACAGUUGUACUUUCAGUACAUCCUGUUGACGCUGCUGGAGAUUGUCGGAAUGUAUGAUUACGGCGAUGAAUUUGGGCGUGACAGCUUGAAGCUAGUGUUGUCCGGUAUACUGUGUAACGAAGUGCUGUUUGAAAUGAACGUGCGUUUGAUCAUGUCCAUUUUCGAGAAGCUACUACCGGAUGUAGAGCAACGGUUCAAAUUCUUCGUCGAUCUGGUUAACUCGGUCCUCGAACCGUCGCGCGUAGACUUCUCCGAUAGCUCGCGCGUGCUGGUGGAUAAGUACUUUGAGCGACAUCCGGAGCAAACGGGUCUACAGUUUAAGAUUUCGUCAUUGCGGUUGGAAAUACUCGAUCUGAAAGAGCAAGAAAACUCGCUUGUCCAGCAGAAGGACUACAAAGGGGCGCACCUCGUGACCGAGAAACUGCUCGCUUGCAACGAAGAGCUGUCUAAUCUGUUGAAACCACUCGCACAGGAACUGUCGGCAACACUGGCCAGCAACACUUCCUGCAGCAGCAAUAGCACACUGGAAAGCGGAAUGUUCCAGAAAUCUACACUGAAUCCGCGUCGUAUGACGCAGGAAACGAUCAGCAAGUGUCUGCAGAUUUGUUUCCACCUCGUUAAUAGUCCGAGCGUACGUGUGCUCACACCGAUGGUGUGUGAUCUGUACAAAUCCUUCAUUAGCCGUCACGUGCAAUCGUCCGAACUGCAUACUCGGAAUUGGGCUUUGCGAGCAUCGACCGCUUUUAGCAUGCUGUACGAUGGGUUGAGCAAGGAGACGUUCCAGCUGUUGUACCAGCAGUUUCUGCACACGUCUUCGACUCGCCUGUGGAAGACGGCGAUCGAGUGUGUGUUCGAGCUGCUCGAUCGGUACGGAUUUGAACAUUUUGAUCUCGAGGACGAGUCAAAGGAUGAUUCGCGAGUCAGCAAGAGCUCUCGCCAGCUGUUCAACCGACACAGUGGCCACGACAUGGAGGAGGAAGUUAGUGCUUGCAAUGGCAACGAAUUCUACAAAAUGUCAAUCCAUUUUAUGGAUACCUGUGACGAGCCGGUAAUCUGCAAGACGAUCAUCGAAGGCUUCUGUCGGUUGGUACUGCACGGACAUUGCAGUUCGACUGACAUCGUGUCGAAACUUCUGUUGCGCUACUUCAAUCCGACUACCGAUCCCGAAACGCAACAGAUUUUGGGCAUCUUCUUCGAGGGAUUGAUCCGGAAGAGACGCCAGGAGCUAAUGCAAAAGGCGCUGCUCGGCACAUUGUUUACGAUACUGGAAGCCUCCAAUGAGAGUCCGCUUGCCGAGGUGCGACCGGAAACGGUGCUCAAGUUUGUCAUUAACUCCACGCGACCGAUCUUCUGUAAUCCUGGCGUUAAUCCCCACAACACGAUUGCUGCUUCGUUUCUGCGCGUCAUGCAGGACAAUCUCAGUCUGAAGGAGCUGCUGAAGCUGAUGAGUCGGGACCUGCUCACGCUAGAGAUCGGGGACGAUCCGACCUUGCGAGCCGAUUUAGCGAACGCGGUCGACGAGAUGGUUCGCGAGACCAACCUCGAUCCGAAAAUUGUUAAAAAUUUAACUACUUUCCGUGAGCUAAUGCGGGGCAAGAUCGUUGAGCCACUCUCUUUCUCUUCUUCACGUGUACCCGCAGUUUUUGUUCAUGGCGAAGACUCGACCAAUGGUGACGAUCAAUCGAUCGGUACUGCGCGUAGUGAGGUGAUCGAGGAGGACGAUGAUGAAGAGGAAGACCGGGAUGAAGAAGAUGAAGAGAAGCGCGACGAUUCGCGUCCAAAUAUCAACAAGUCCAUCCUGCAGGAGGACUCCGAUACGGAUUUGCUUGCUUCGCCGUUACGAUCGCGCGCUUCACUGAUCGAUCCUAACAACUUGAGUUCUCCCUCGCGUCCAGCCAAUGCUCAGGCAAUGUCUGUGCAAUCACCGCUCACGGCCAAUGCGGAAAACCGAAUUGAAGGUUCGACAAUGAAAUCGCUUCGUCGAUCGUUACACUUUGGUGGCAGUGCAAACACGCCAAUGCUGCCACCGGCAACAACGAAGCGACGAACGCCGACAUUCAAAGUGCCGGAUGCUUCGGCUUUACAUAAAAUUCGUCCCAAGCCGAGGAGCAUCGUCUGUGGGAAGAAAAACGCAUCCACCAACGAAACAGUGCCAUCAACUGGACAGAGUUUCGAGAUUCCGGCUACGCAGGAAACGACGGACGACGACAGUUCGCAGGAGGCAUCGGAUCCUGAGGAAAUUCCUGAAACUCAACCGGAACCCAAUACAUCUGUGGUUACCUCGGCUACGCGCGGAAGACGAAAUGCCAAAUCGAAGCAACCUACUUGUAAUGCACGUUCAUCCUCUUCAAGCUCUACAUCAUCAUCGGAAGGCGAUGUCGUGAAUGCUUCGCCAAACGCUAGCAAAUCCCGAAUGAACCGCUCUGUUGUACGCUCGUUGACGAAGGUAGCAGCCAAAACUUUGUUUGAGCAGAAGCUACAGUCUACACCCAGUACCAUGCCCCGAACACGACAUGCAAAUCGAAUGGAGGCCCUUAACGAGAAAGUGAUGACACGGAAAUCACUAUCAGAAGCACUGGCCGCUAUCACUAUCGGUUCUCCUUCUAGAGAAACACGCAAAGUAGUUGCAGCCAAGUUGUUUCCCACGGCAGAGGAAGAGCAACGUAAUAAGAAGUAUACAAAACAGCCUACUACGAUAAGAGCAGAAAAAGCUACUGCCUCCAGCAAUGAUGUGAGGCGGAGUGCAUCUGCUCGCAGAACGUUCGGUCCUGGCACAACACCUACUUCCAAGGUCAUAACCGAAACGGCAGCGCUCAAAGCAUCCACCACAAGGACAACUUCACGGAAGACAUCCUCGGUGGAUGCUGGCGGUAGCAAUAGUUCUCCGUACGGUAAGCGAUCGCUCCCAAAACGCGUACCACGACCAGCACGCCAAGUGCCGAAUGGUCCUAUCGACGUUGAGCAAACAAGGGGCAACAAACAAACCGAAUCUGGUGCCAGUAGCAUCGAGAGUACAUCCAGUACCAGUCCUAUUCGCUUGAAACGGGCUGCCGUUGUGCUAACACCAUUGAGCGCCACUCGUCUAGCGCUUACACGUAGUUCACGCAAAACGACAGCCAAUGCCACAAUACCCAAACGAUCAGGACGUAAGGCUAAACGGUUGUAAUGCAAUGUUUCGAACAACGUUA